AUGAAAUAAUCAUAAAUGAAUGAGAAAGAUUAUUUGUAUAUGCUCUAGUCCUAAGAUGUCUAUGGAAAAGAGGAUUAUAGACUUACAAAUUAAACAGGAUGUACAGAACACUCCAAAUCUUAAUCAUUAUGUUUUGAUUAAGUCAUACUAGGAUCUAGUUAAAUUUUAAAUAUUCCUGACUUAUUAUUGGAUAAGUACUAAUCAAUAUGGAAAAAAAAAAUCAUAAUAAUUCAAUCUCACUACAAAGGACAUUUACAAAGAAAAAAAUAUAAAAAUAUGAAAAAAUGGGCAAAAUACAGAAAAAAUGUUUAUUUAGAGUUGAUAAUGACAGAAAAAGAUUAUUUAGCCGACUUAAAGUCUAUCAUUCAUAACGUUAUGAUAGCGGCAGAUUAAUUUUAGUUAUUACCAGAAAAUGAGAUAUAAAUAACUUUUAAUGUUUUAUAGGGAUAUCUAGUGUAAGAUUUAAUAUUUAUUUUAGAAUAAUUUUCUCAUUAUCAUCCUAAUUCAUGUUUCGGAAAUGUAUUAGAAAGAUUUAUUCCUUAUUUUAAAAUAUACUUCAAAUAUUAUUAUGAAUACAAGGAUUAUCAAAUUAGGGACCUACGAUAAGCAUAUCCAGCCUUUGAUAAUCAUUUGAACAUUUUAGAACAAGGCAAUUUAUUUAGAGGAUGUGAUUUAAAUUCAUUUCUAGUCAAACCUGUACAAAGACUACCAAAAUAUGCCUUAUUAUUAAAAGAUUUAGUUAAACACACUUGGAAAACCCAUCCUGAUUAUGAUAAACUGAUAAAAACCCUUGAGUCAUUUCAUUCAGUUACAGGCCAAAUAGACAAAUAAAUGGGAAGUAUUCUAAGAAAUUAGGCUCUCUUUGAUCUGCAAAAAAAGUUUUUCGAUGUUUUGUCUUAGAACAUAGUCGAAUCAACUAGGAACUUUAUUUUAACCGAACCAAUCUACUUAUUAAGACAAGGUCAAGAAGAACUUGUACAGCUAUAUUUGUGUAGUGAUUUAAUAGUGUUGUCAAAAAAAACAUAAGUUAGCGAAUAGAGAAUAAAUGAAAGAUUAUUAGAAUAUGCUUUUCUCGAUGAAAAAUCCUAUUUAGAAGAAGAUAAAAACGAGGUUCUACAAUUGGCAGUGUGUAAUUAGGAUAAAGAUGACAAAUUUAUAUUCCUAUGUUAAGAUUUAGAAUAGAAACAAAGAUUAUUCUAAGAGUUUUUUUAAAUCAUCAAGAUGAUAUGCGAAAAAUAUUUCUCUCAAACUAUUUCAAUCUAAUAAGAAUAAAAGAAUCAGCCAAUUAGGGUUUUUGUAACUUCGAUAUCGAGAGGAUAAUCUAGAAUGCCAUUUAAAACCUUUGCUAAAUAUAAUCUUUCUGUUGUUUUAGAUAAAAAAGAGUACAUAACUUGGACUAGACAUAAAAUAUUAUUGAGAAUUCAAAAGGCUCUAAAGAAACAAUAUAAAAAAGAAUAUUUAACUGAAAAGGAUACUAAUAUUCUAUUUUAAGAUUAUAUUGAGAAAAAUCUAAAUAAGCAAAAUAGUGAUGGAAGAAAAGUUAUUGUUGAAACAUUUGUAGAGACUCUCUUAAACUCUUGCUAUUUAAAAUCUGCACCUGAAUCGUAUCUUUAAUUUCUCGGGCUCCCAUUGGGAUUUUAUUAAAACAACCAGAAUGUUAGUUAAAUGAAAUCUACAAUAGUAGAUUCAGAAUCAUCAAAAUCAAGUUAAGAUUCUUGA